CCUAAGGGGAAAAGUACACUUGCUGUUAAAUGUGCUACUAGAAUGCACAGCAGACAUUGCAAUGUAAUGAGAAACACACUUUUUUUUAAUUAGACUUUAUCAGGUUUUACAGUUUUUAAGUCAUUUCUACAAGGACUAAAAAAAACGAGAGAUUUCUUUCAUCUAUUAGGAAUAUCUGCAUGCCAUGGAGGAAUCUCAACUCAACAGCACCAUUGAUCCAGCUUGUUUACAAGAGCCCCCGCUGGCUAUCGACGUGAUAAAGCAGCUAGAUGUGUUUGGAUUGUGUCUGUACUCCAUGCUCACCUUCAUGUCUGCCGUCUCCCUGCUGCUGUACCUGGAGCAGUGUGUCUACAUUUACAAAAAGCUGCCCCACCCCCAGAAGACAACCAUCAUUUGGAUAAAUGGUGCAGCACCAGUCAUUGCCACCAUGGCUUGUUUUGGGAUGUGGAUCCCGAGGGCAGUCAUGAUCACAGACAUGACGUCCAACUGUUAUUUUGCAGUGGUGAUGUAUAAGGUCUUGGUUCUGAUUAUCGAGGAGUUUGGAGGCAGCGCUGUUUUUCUGAAGCGGUUUUCCGGUAAAGCCUUUAAGAUCACCACAGGACCCUGCUGCUGCUGCUGCCUCUGUUUACCCCGUGUGGCCAUGUCACGGCGAUUGUUAUUCUUCCUGAAGUUGGGUUCUCUUCAGUAUGCAAUCCUAAAGACCGUGCUCUCUAUCCUCGCCAUAGUAUUGUGGACAAAUGGCAACUUUGAUCUGUCUGAUCUAGAGAUCACUGGUACAGCCAUUUGGAUUAACCCAUUCAUUGGCGUUCUCACCAUCAUCGCCCUUUGGCCUGUUGCCAUCAUCUUCAUGAACACUAACAGCUUUCUACGCAGCCUCAAAAUUGUUCCCAAGUAUGCCAUCUACCAAUUAAUACUUGUGCUGAGUCAGCUGCAGACAUCAAUCAUUAACAUCGUGGCCUUGGAUGGAACCAUCGCCUGUGCCCCUCCCUUCUCUUCUCAAGCUCGUGGCUCCAUGCUAAAUCAACAGAUAAUGAUCAUGGAGAUGUUCAUCCUCACACUGCUCAAUCGGUUUUUGUACCGUCGUACAUAUGAGACACUUCCCUCUGAGGCGUAUGACAACGACCAGAAUUCUAAAGUCGCCCUGCAGACGGCUCUCGCGGAGCAUGACGUCUAAAAGAGGAGACGUGACAAUUGAGUGGAGGUCAACGCAGCUCUUUAAUGAAGUAUGAGAUAAUCUAUCAUCAAAUGUGAUAUGAUAUAACAUUUUACCUCAUUCUGUCACUCACAUGUAACAAAAGAGAACGUCGCUAGUCUGGUGACUUUCAACCCUUUUGUUCUUUGACCUUAUCACACACCACUCACAGACUUUUGUCAAAAUCAGUAUCCUGUAGGUCAGUGGUUCCCAACCUUUUUGGUCUGAGGAAUCCACACAGCCCUGUCAGAUGAACUCACUUCAUCAGUUUGCAAUGUAUGUUCCAAAUGUACAACACUAUUCAUUGUAUAAAAGUGGAUAUUGUUCAUGUUUUCAUACUUGUUGAACGAUAAAUACUUAGGUUGGUUUGGUCAGCAAUCUUACUACUACUACUAGCCUAGGCUACUACUACUUGGAGUGAAGCUGAAUGUUUCAACCAUUUAUCCAAUACUAUCUCAACUGUAACAACCAUCUUCACUACUUUCAGCUAUCAUUUGAACGGUUUAGUCCUUACUUUUGGCUAUUCAUUUCUACCAUUUAUUUAUUACUUGUAGCUAACUGUUCAACUUUAUGUAUUCGUUUGCAUGUUCACACUCUUACAUAACUGCAACAUGUAGCGUUUGGGUUACAGUGUACUUACUGUUAAGAUGUAAAUGUGUUCUUUUAAUCAAAUCAUAAUUUAUAUAACGUUUCUGUACAAGUACCCCCUGGGGUACAAGUGCCCCUGGUUGGGAAUUAAUUUGAUUUAUUUCACACAAAAAAAGCAACAACAACAAUGAUACAUUUAAGGUAAAUUAAA